AUGCCCGGCCAUCCUCCCUCUCCUCCUCAAUCCACAGACGGUGCCACGCCUGAACUUCACGGGAAUUCGUGCGGUGUCAUUCCCUCCUUGUUCAGCCAAGCCAGUGUUCUUGAAUCUGCUGCGCUCCACGGAAACGGUAUAGCCAACGAGGCCGCUUACGACAGUGGUUCCCAGCCGGAUUAUCAUAACUCCCCUUAUUCGCACAACAUGCCGUUGCAUUCGGCUCAGAUGAUCGCAAAUGGCGUCCAGGUGGAAACACCCCCGCCUACCUCAGACGACGACUUCCUCCGCGGUAGUGCGGAGUCAACGCCCUCAUCGCAAUGGCUCUCGCCUUCGGACCAAUCCAAGACUCGCCCAAAGCGGAAGGUCAGCAAGAGCCUUAGAUCCCCACGCAGGACCGGUGGGAGACAGAAAAGAAUCGACUACGCCGGGAUGCCUGGUCCGUUGAGCGAACUGACCAAGCACAUGACCCAGGUGCCGAUCAAAGACAUGGAAGAGUGGGUGCACCGGCCGGUCGAGGUCCGCCAGCAGGAGGCCAAACAGAAAGGCAAGAUUGCCCGUCCCAUGAACUCGUUCAUGCUCUAUCGAUCCGCCUAUUCCGAGCGGGCCCAGAAGUGGUUCGUCCAAAACAACCACCAAGUUGUGUCGAGAAUGGCGGGGCAGAGCUGGCGAAUGGAAUCGCCUGAGGUUCGCAAGAAGUAUGAGCUUCUGGCGAGGAUCGAGAAGAACAACCAUGCCAGAGCCCACCCUGGAUACCGCUUCGCCCCCGAAAAAGACAAGAAGAAGCGAUCCAGGUCUCUAGAGGCGCGUCGCAGUCCCAAGAGCUCCGAAAGUCCAUCGCAGUCUAGCCGCCUGUCGCAGUCCAGUCGCUUGUCGCAGGGCAGUCCAUUCUUGAGCCAUGCCCGAUCCAUCAGCUCAGACCAGGGCAGCCGAUGGGAUAGCCGUGACUCUACCCCGUUUGGGUUCGUCGAGCAUGGUUUGCCUGCAGGGGGCUAUCUCAGCUCCUCAUGGCACUCCAGCAACCCGGGAAGACCAGCCCCCGGCAUGAUGUCUUCCCCCGGCAUGAUGUCGUCUCCCGAGCCCGCUCAAUUUUUGCAGCAGACUGUUCAGCCCAGUAUGAUGGGCUCUCACGUGGAAGAUGUUCGGUUCAGGAGGGUUGGCUUGCAGGAUGUCCAUUACACCACAUCCACUGCCUUGGCAGGAUUGCCAGGUGCAGCUCACCAUGAGCUUCUUCAGCCGCAGACGGCUCCCGGGGCCGGUCCCCACGGACAGCUGGAUCCCCAGUUGCUGGCAUUCCAAGGCGAAGCUCCAAAUGGCGGAGGCCAUGUUUACAGCAACUCUCAUUAUUCGAUGUGGCCAGAGAACACCGGGGCCAACUCUUACCUUCCUGUCAACGCAACACUUUCUCCCACCUCGGUGGCUAGCCAGGUCCUGCCGGGAUACCCGUCAGGGUUGCCAAGUAUGAUGGAUAACCGUGAGACAUGGGACCCCAACCAGGAAGGAUCCAUGGACACCGGUGGGGAGUUUGACAGCUGGAUCAACUCUCAUCAAUCCGGAUACUAG